CUCCUCCUCCUCCUCCUCCUCUUCCUCCUCUCUGUGUUUAUGUCCGUCCCGCUCAGAUCAGCAGAAGACGACGCGCAAUGGAACAGCGCACAUCCCAGUCUGCGUAAAACAGCGCCUCAGACAGUUAAACAGUGGAUGCUGCUGCACAAGCAAUGUCCUGUACACCCCUGGUAGUCAUUUAGCGACUUUUGCUCACGGGAGACCUUUGUUUUUUUUGUUUUGUUUUUGUUUUUUUUUUACAGUAAGGAGCGUCAAAACAGGGAAAAGUCGGUGGAGUAAAGUGAAGCUGCAGGACACUUCCAACAUGCAUUGGGCAAGUCUGCAUUCCACUCUGACAGCACUGGCACUUGCAGUGCUGCUGGCGUGCGUGUUGUCCUUCAAUGUGGACCAGAAGAACGGCCUGUCCUUUAACGGUCCACUGGAGGACAUGUUUGGUUAUACAGUCCAGCAGUUUGAGAACAGCGAAGGAAAAUGGGUUUUAAUUGGUUCACCGCUGUCGGGCCAGCCGGCUAAACGGACCGGAGAUGUCUACAAAUGCCCAGUGGGAAAGGGAGACAACACAUGUAUAAAGCUAGAGCUACCAAAAAACACAACAAUUCCCAACUUAAAUGAAGUCAAAGAGAACAUGACCAUGGGAACCACAUUAGUGACCAAUCCCAGUGGAGGAUUUCUGGCGUGUGGUCCUCAGUACGGCUACAUGUGCGGCCAGCAGCAGUACAUCUCAGGUGUUUGUGCGAACGUCAGCUCUUCAUUCCAGAUCCUUAACUCUGUAGCUCCAGCAGUACCAGUGCUGCUGGCGUGCGUGUUGUCCUUCAAUGUGGACCAGAAGAACGGCCUGUCCUUUAACGGUCCACUGGAGGACAUGUUUGGUUAUACAGUCCAGCAGUUUGAGAACAGCGAAGGAAAAUGUAAUGACCUUAUCAAAUAUGAGAUCGGUUACAGUAAUUCACUCACUGCUAAUCAGCAGAGCCAGCUGCAAUGUCUACAAUGCCCAGUGGGAAAGGGAGACAACACAUGUAUAAAGCUAGAGCUACCAAAAAACACAACAAUUCCCAACUUAAAUGAAGUCAAAGAGAACAUGACCAUGGGAACCACAUUAGUGACCAAUCCCAGUGGAGGAUUUCUGGCGUGUGGUCCUCAGUACGGCUACAUGUGCGGCCAGCAGCAGUACAUCUCAGGUGUUUGUGCGAACGUCAGCUCUUCAUUCCAGAUCCUUAACUCUGUAGCUCCAGCAGUACCAGAGUGUGAAAAGGAGCUGGACAUUGUGAUAGUUUUGGAUGGAUCCAACAGUAUCUACCCCUGGAGCAGUAUCACAGAUUUUCUGGUCCGCUUCCUUGGGAAUAUUGUGGUCGGACCUAAACUCUCACAGGUGGGCAUCGUGUCAUAUGGUGAGACUGUGACUCACAACGUAAACCUGAGCCAGUUUGACAACACUGCAGAUCUGGUCAAUUUUGUCAGAGAGCUUCCUCAGCAGACCGGCACCAAGACCAUGACCUUUAAGGGUAUCGAUACUGCCAGGAAGGAAGCCUUUAUGCCGGAGCGUGGUGCUCGAGUUGGGGUCAAGAAGGUCAUGGUGACUGUGACUGAUGGAGAGUCACAUGACUCCUUCGACAUGGGGCGGGUCAUUGCAGGCUGUGAAGAAGAUAACAUCGAGAGGUUUGGAAUUGCUGUGUUGGGAGACUAUAAUCGUCAGAAUAAAACUGCAGCAGAAAUCCAGAAGUUCAUCAGGGAAAUUGAAAACAUCUCCAGUCAGCCGCUGCGUGACCACUUCUUCAACGUGUCUGAUGAGUUUGCUUUGCUGAGCAUCGUGGACGCCUUAGGAAGCAGGAUCUUUGCCUUAGAAGCUACAACUAGUAAUUUGACAUCCUCGUUUGAGAUGGAGAUGUCCCAGACUGGCUUCAGUGCACAUACUUCAACAGAAGGAGUGUUACUGGGAGCAGUGGGAGCGUAUGACUGGAAUGGGACGGUGGUCAUGCACACCGCAGGAGGCUCUGUGGUUCCGGGGAAGAACGAGUUCUUUAACGCAGACGCUGAGGUUGGAUAUGAACGACUGGCUGGCUACAUUGGCUAUGACGUAGAGUCGGCGUCCACCCCCGACGGAGUUCUGUACAUCACAGGUGCACCGCGCUACAACCACACAGGCCGCGUCGUCAUCUACCGACUGAACGAAACCAACAACAUCGUCAUCUCACAGAUACUCAGAGGAGAUCAGAUCGGCUCCUACUUUGGCAGCGUUCUGCAGACAGUCGAUGUCGAUGGAGAUUCCUACACAGAUGUCCUCUUGGUUGGAGCGCCGAUGUACAUGGGAACCGAAAGAGACGAGCAGGGACAAGUAUACGUGUACAAACUGAAUGAGGAUGGCCAGUUUGAGCACACGGUCACUUUAAAGCCUGUCAAUCAGUCCUGUUGUACCGCCCACUCAGAGGUCUGCACCAAUAAAAAUGAACCGUGUGGGGCCCGUUUUGGAACUGCCAUCGCAGCAGUGUCAGAUCUCAACUUAGACGGCUUUAAUGACGUAGCGAUCGGAGCGCCACUUGAGAAUGACCACCGAGGAGCCGUCUAUAUCUACCACGGAGACAAGAAGACGCUGAAGGAGAAAUAUGUACAGCGUAUCCCAGCAGGCGGAGACGGUGAAAAGGUGAAAUUCUUCGGUCAGUCCAUCCACGGAGUCAUGGAUCUAAACGGAGACGGGAUCACUGAUGUCACCAUAGGAGGUCUGGGAGGGGCCUCGCUGUUCUGGUCCAGAGAUGUUGCAGAGCUCCGUGCCAACAUGACCUUUGACCCCGCCAAAAUCAAACUCCAGCAGGUCCAGUAUCAGUGUGAACACAGCGGUCGAAAGUCAGUGUGUGUGAAGACCGAGGUGUGUUUUGUCUACACUGUCAAGUCUGACAACAAAGACGCAACCACGGCCAACGAGGUCCACUAUAACCUGACUGUGGAUGCCCUUCGAGCCAAAGCCAGGGCCUCGUUUCUGGACCCUGAGGGGAAAAGCGAUCGCAGAAUCACACGGACAUUCACCAUCAAUGACGGAGAGAGAAAGUGUAUGGAAGAGACCUUCAUGAUGUCGGCCAGGCUGGACUUCAGAGAUCCUCUCAUGGUGUCUUUGGAUUUUGGGUUGGUUGACGAGGACAACGGACCUGUCCUGGAUGAAAGCAUUCCUCGGUCCAUCAAUAAGACGAUCCCGUUAGUAGACUGUGGGGUCGAUGAGAGGUGCAUCGCUGACCUGUCCCUCAGAGCAGAGCCCAGUGUAAAAUCGAUGGUCAUCAAAGCAAAUAAGGAGAAGAUUGAUCUGAAAGUCAGCGUCAGAAACAGCAAAGACAACGCCUACAACACCAAAGUGAUGGUCAGCUUCACACCAAACAUCAACUAUGUCAAAGUAGAGCCAGAAAAUGAUUACACGUUAAAUCACACAAAAGUGGAGUUUGCUGUUGGAUACCCGUUCCUUGGAAACAAUGUGGAGGAAAACUUUGAAGUGAAAUUCGAAGUCAGUCCAGAACACAUUCUGAAGGAAAUCCAGAUCAACGUGACGGCUGUGAGUGACAGUGAAGAGCUGCUCUCUACCCUGAACGACAACACGGUGCAGAUCUCCAUCCCUGUGAAGUACGAGGCUGGACUCAUAUUCUCUGCGUGGCCUGUUGAUGAACACAUCGUAGUGAAGGAGGGUGAGAAGUACGCCGCUGUAAUCAACGAGACCAGGUUUAUCGGAGAGGAGGUCAACAUCAGCUACACGGUGGAAAAAACAGGUGAUUUUGCAACUCCACCCCUUGAUCUGAAGGUGACCUAUCCUCGUGUGUCUCCUAUGGAAAAUAACUUACUGUACCUGACUGGAAUCACCAACAGCCCCAAGGUUAAAUGCAAAGCAGAAGGUCUGAUCAACCCUCUGAACAUUAACUCAGAAGUGGUAAAGCCUAACCCGAAGAAGGAAACACUGGGGAACUUCAUAGUGAGCUGUGAAAACCUCCAGUGUGCAUCAUUUAUCUGCUCCAUCCCUGAGGCCAAGCUGAGUCAUGUCAACAUUACAUUCCGAGUGUGGAAGCCCACCUUCAUCACCGCUGAAUUUUCCAAUCUGCACAUGCUGGUCAACGCCACUCUGGGAAUCAAAAACAAAGACCUGUUUGUGCUGAGCAGCAGUAGCAGGACCAGAAGUGUGAAGAUCCAGGUUACCAAGGAGACGUUAGGAGGAAUCCCCUUCUGGAUCAUUAUCAUCAGCAUCUUAAUAGGACUGCUGAUCCUAGCGCUGGUCAUCUUCAUUCUUUGGAAGAUGGGCUUCUUCAAGAGAAAAUCCAGGGAUUACUCGAAGGAGGAAAUGAUGGACUGAGGUAUCCAAACAGCCGGCACUGAGCAGCUCUGUGACGUCUGCUCUGAAGUAAAGCCAUCAGCUCACACAGACUUUGAAACAGACAGUGAACCGGACGGAGCAGACGCCAUAGAACCACCGCCGCCUCAACAAUGAUGACCUGGAACCACGCCGUCGCUCUGGGCUCUGUCUGCAGGCCUGGGUCAAAUAACACUUGCAAAUAUUUCAUGACCUUUGACAGCAGAAUCUUCAGGUGAUCUUGAACAGAGUCUUGGUUUGAACUGUUGAAAGUCUGGUGGCCUGCUGCAGAUAGUCGACUGCAACCAUCUGCGUCUACAACCAAAACAGAAGGCAGUAUUUGUAAAUUGUAUUUCUCCCAGGUUUCAGGUGUUUCUGGCACAAACCCACAUCAGACCAGGUCAAAGGGUUCCAGAAGAGGACCAGGUUUCACUAAUGUUCUGAGCUGCACCAGGGACACUCCAGCUCUAUUCCAGAGGAAAAAGUACUCAGGUUUUUCAGCAUGAAGAUCCAAAGUCAUCUAAAGCCACCUCACAUGUUUUCUGUGUCAUGACACAUACAAACCCAAAGGUCUGUUUGACAAACAAUAUGUGAAGUUUAUGUGUCAGGGGAAUCUGUCUGAUAUCCUCCACUAAUGUGUUGGAACUUAUUUGCUUGAUUAGUUUUUAUGAAACACUGUACAUGCUAGCUUUUUUUUUUUUUUUUUUUUUUUUUCUUUUUUUUAAAAAAAAAGGUCUUUCCUCUUUCAGCCUACCUGCAGUUUAACAUGGCACACUGAUCUGAAGUUACACAUUUGGCUAAAAACACUGAGCAGAACACAGGAUUUAGUGUGAUACACACAGGUGCAGCCUUCAUAUGCAUAUAUAUAUAUUUUUAAAAACAUUUCGUCUUUGUUAAAUAACACAAUAUUGUCCCAAAUUCUGUGUUAAAUACUUUUGUAACUAGUGUCACCAUGGUUACCGGAGAUACAGAGAGCUGCGCCUUCACAUCUAAACCUUUGAUUGUACUGUAUAUAAAAUAAUGCUACAAAUGUAAAGCUUUAAAAUGUACAUAGUUGUUUUUGCUGAAGUUCAUGUAAUUUAAAAGAUGUUAUCCACAAAUAUUAUCUUUGUUGUGAACAGUGGUCAGAGAGGAGGCUUUUGCUCAGGUGAUACAAGUGUCAUGAAUGAUUUCAUAAAUGUUAAACAUAGAACAAAUAUCUGGCCUGUCUCCAAAUCUGAAAACAGAUGCAGAUGUGUAAAUAUUGUUAUAUUUUGACAGAAAUUGAAAAUAUAAUUACUGCAAAUGUACAUGAAGAUGAGGGUGUGUUUCCACUACUUUCAGAUUCACGUUUGUUUUAAAUGUAAAAUGCUUUCAUUUAACUGAAACUGAUGUUAAUGUUGUGUUUGAAAAUGUCAAAGCUUUAACAGGUUUCUGAUGCAAUACCACUGUAGCAGACCAAGGUGGAUUAGAAACCCUUUAGUCUGCGAUGUUGAUGGUCAUGUGCCCCAUAUAAAAAUGUACUUGUUAUUAUUCACCAGCAGUUUUUCUCAUCACUCUGUGAUACAUCGGAUUCACUAGUAGAUGUUUGUCACGUAUGCAAAGCAUUAGCAUAGUGUAGCUUCAGUGGCACCCACACACGGUACACAGUACCUUACCUUCACAGAUUUUAAUCUUUGUGUUUUUUUUUCCAAAUGUUGCACAGCUACACAAUAUGUUAAAAGAGAUAAUAGUAUACAUGGGAGGGACUGAGUUCCUGUUUCUUUACUGACUUUCUUUCCAGAUGAAGAAUGGGCAGAUUUGGAAGAAGUAGUUGGACGUGUCCACUCCUCCUCCGUCACUCUCCACUGUUGACUUUGAGCACAUGUGAUCUGUAUUCUGUACAGAAUGUGGACCUGUUAGUUUUAGAUUGUAAGGCUACUUCAGGCUUAUCCUCCUCAGACCCAGCUAUGGGUUUCACAACUAUAUACAAAAAAAAGAAAAGAAAACUGUCCACCACAAAGGACAUUUUAAAAACUGCAUCUGAAAAAACUGUUGCAUCAUGAUGUUUCCAAUGUCAGCACUUAUUUAAUAAAAAACAAAAAAAGCUCGUACUUUGCUGACAUGUCCUGGGUCUGAGGAGGUUCUGCAUGAGGGUGGAGUCCUGUGUCUGUCUUUGUUCACUCGCAUUAACAGAUGGUCAGUGAUCACCUGCUCAAACCUUGUCCUCUGUUUUUGGGUUCGCUGAGAGCGUAAGGCACAUGUGAGAGCUGUGAGCUCCACACCAGCCAUCUACACUGCUGUGAAGUCUUCAAUGUAAUGCACUGGUUUGUCAGACUGUAUGUUUCUUCAACAGCACAGAAAUGAACUGAGUCUUAUGUUAAAAAUAAAGACUUUUAAUGAAUAAUUACA